AUGGCAGGCUCGGAAGAAGAAGCGGGAUCAGCCCGAAGCCCGUUCAGAGGAGCUAGAGCCAAGAAGAUCAGUGGGUCGGCGCCGCUGGGGUUGACCGACGGGUCUCUGUCCUCGGCCUCCAACCUGGCGAAGCUUCUCCCCAUCGACACCGUCCUCACCUUCCAGUCCCUCCUGCCCUUCUUCUCCAACUGCGUCGUCUGAAACACGUCCAGCUAGUACGUCAUCGCCUUCUGAUCCCUCUCCGGGUUCUUCCUUCUAUUUCACCGACAGCGUCGCCCUCAAGGGGAGGGUCUACUAACAUGGCAUUGCCGCCCCAAGCGUCGGAGUCCAGUGUUCAAGAAAGGAGCUUCAGGUACGGCUGGUGCACUACCUCCACCUCUUCCUGUCUGAGCUGGUGUUCUCGACGGUGGUCUUCGGCGACCGGAUUGUCCAGUGCUGCUUCUCCGGCGCCGGUACUAACGCCAUGGAGCUGUUCACCACUGGAGCAUGGCGUUCACCACCUUCCCCACUACUCGCAGGGGGAUCGGAUCGGCAGUGAUAGCCAAUAUAGAGGAAGAAUUAAUCUAAGAUGA